AUGGCCCGAUCGCCCCUCCAACCAACGUCUCCCAAAACCAUCAUCCUCGCCCUCUGGCCCACUGCCCGCGACGAACAAAUCAACUACUACACCGCCGGUUACCAAACACUCUACCCCUCCGCCACCAUUCUUCAGCUCUCGCAAUCCACCACAGGUCUGAACCGCGUGCUGAACGACCUCCUCAACACCGACGAGCCCUCCUUCUCCUUCCACGACUCGGAGAAAUCGUCUGCCCCGGACGCUCGAUCCAAUGAUAUCAUCCUCCACCUCUUUGGCGACGACGCCGCCUCCCAAGCAAGCCGUCUCCUCUCCGCCUACCAGCUCCGCACCCAACGUCCCUUACCCAUCGCUGCCGUAAUCCACGACUCCACACCAUCAUUCAGCCUGCCAAGUUUCCAACUCCUCCGGCGAAGUCCCCUCACCUACCUCACAGCGCUGAUCUCAAUCCUGCUCAUCCUGAUCUGGCAAUUCCUGCGUGGGACUCUGUCAAUCUUCCUCCCCACCAGCACGACAACCAACGUCGCACAGAUCUACGUCGAAGUCCUCCCCGGCGACGUCCAGCGAUGCUACGUCCUGCCCGAGAAGAAGCUCAUGUUUUCAUGGUCGGACCCCGCAGCAACGAUGACGACGACGACGAUGUCGCAGUACGGCGAUGACGACAACGAGGAUGAUUACGAAGAUGAAGAUGAAAUCAAGGAUGACGAGGCGACGGUCGCGCAGAGGGAUGAUUUCGUCGUUGACCGAUCGCGAGUGGGAUGCGGGGCGCGAGGGUGGAGCGGUGAUCAGGAGCGGUAUUGGGCCGCGGUGGAGAAGGCUUGGGAGGGGAAGCGAUAG